AUGUCGGCUGUCGUUCCGUCCACGUCAUCCAAGACAAUGGACGGAGACAGUGAUAGAUCUAUAUCUUAUGAAGAAAAGUUAUUAGCCAAGGAAAAUAUAGAACUGAUAUUAGGAAACGAUGUCAAAGAGGAAUCUUUGGAUAAAAAUGGAAUGUUCCGUAACAUUUUUAAAUGUCUACGCUGUGAACUAACUUUUGAGAAUGAACAGCAAUUACAUAAUUGUGUAGCAUUGCCUCUUAACAUAAAUAAACAAAAGAAAUUAAAGCGAGUGUUCAAAUGUUCACUAUGUGAUAAACAUUAUCUCUUUCCAUCGUUAGCCAUGCUCCAUUUGAAACGUCAUCAGAAAUACUUGGAAAGAAAAAUAGAGAACACAUGUGAUGUUUGCUUUGCCAAAUUUGAAUCUGUUAAAGAACUAAAAGACCACUUUGAGGUGAAACACAAUAUUAUUCAAUUUCAAUGUAAUAUUUGUGAUAAAUUAUUCAAACAAGCCAGAAAUUUACAAUAUCAUAUGAUGAGUCACUCAGGAGACAAACCAUUUCAGUGCGAGUUGUGUGGACACAAGUUUACUAGGGCCGAUCAUUUAGUCAGACAUCGGAGAGAUAAUUGUGAUCAAAUGGAAUUUGAAUGUGACUUAUGUGGAAAAAUUUACAAUACUAAAAGAGGUAUAAGAACGCAUUUGAAAGUGCACUAUGACAGUCCGAAACCUGGUGCCAUAUGGGCAUUAUAUACAGAAUCUGGACAAAAAUAUUAUCAGUGCACAUUAUGUAGUAAAACGUUUACUCAAUUUUCUAGAUUCAAGGAACACGUACGAACUCAUACUGGAGAUAAACCUUUUGAAUGUCAAAUUUGUAAUAAAAGGUUUACUUGCCAUUAUAAACUUAAAAUGCAUGGUGAUGUACAUACAAAUGAUAGACCCUUCAAAUGCAAUUAUUGUGAGCUCAGUUUCAAAAAUCGAAGAUACCUUAAUAAGCACAUGCGCAAACAUGAUGGAAUCAAAAAAUAUCAAUGCAGAAUUUGUAAUAAAGAGUUUCAAUGGUACAAUAGUCUGAAAUAUCAUAUGUCCUCACACUCUGGUGAUAAACCAUAUGUAUGUAUUGAAUGCAACAAGUCUUACUCACAUCUUAGUACAUUAGUAGCUCACCAGCGGACUCAUAGCGGUGAAAAAAAUUACGAAUGUCAAAUUUGCAAUAAAAGAUUUAGUCAUUCGAACACAUUAAAAAAUCACAUUAUCACUCAUAGUGAAGAUAAGCCGUUCAAGUGUCAUCUGUGUCCAGCUCAGGUUUCUACAUGUGCAUCGCUGAAAAUUCACUUGAAUACGCAUGGUGGAGAUUAUCAAUGUAGUGUUUGCGGCAGUACUUUUUUCCAAUUAUCUAAUCUGAGGUAUCAUGAAAGUAAGGUUCAUGGCAAAACAAAUUUUUAUGACUGUGAAGUUUGUGAAGAAAAAUUCACUUCAAAAUCACAAAUGAACGAGCAUUUAAGACAUGAUCAUCACAUUCAGUUCACAAAAACUGUUACUGUAUAUGAUAUUGAUUUAAUAGAAGGUCUCUAUAAAGAUUGA